GUUUGGAUUUUCCGCUGAAGUGAUACAUCUUCCAUAUCAGAUACAGAAGAUCGUACACAACAGACACAUUUGGCUCUUUCUUCUGAAUGGGCUCAGUUCCAAGCUGUGUGAGGAGAUCCGUGACACGUUUCAGUCACAUUUUGACUAUCAGUGGCGCUGCACCAAAGUGCAGAGAAUCCCGUUCAACACUACAGCACUCUGCUGAGUUUAGCCUCACUGCAAAGGCCCUGACCCUGAGCCCAGGCCCACAGAGGGCGCUCAUGAGCACAUCAUCCUCUCUCUCUCUGUUCCACCAGCAGCAGAAUCUCUCUCUGUGAUGAAUUCACACAUCACCUCAUGCAUGGCUGGACUACUGCUGCCUGUCCACAGCCUCACCACAGUCAGUGAGAAGACUCGCUGGGAAUCCUUGGCCAGCUGCACCCUCCAGCCUGUUCCACAGCUUUCCCCCACAGGGAAAUCUUAGCCUGGCAGUGUUGGCUGUGGCCAGAGGCAACAAGGAUGUCUCUUUCCUCAUGUCCAAUGCACUUCAGAAGUUGGAAAAAAGGGCAGCGAUGUUUCUCUUGGAACCCAUUUCCCCUUGACCACUGGACUGGUGCUGUUGUUUGUGCUGUUGUCGGCAUGGCGGUGGUCAUCCAUUUACAGGGGCUUAGAAUCACUGCAGGUUCUGAUGACGUUCGCGAUUUCUUCACUGGCCUCAAAAUCCCAGAUGGUGGGGUGCACAUUAUUGGUGGGGAGCGUGAGGAGGCUUUCAUAAUCUUUGCUUCCGAUGAAGACGCGAGGCGGGCGAUGACACGUUCGGAGGGAUCCAUCAAAGGUUCUCCGGUUCGCUUACGGCUGAGCAGCAAGUCAGAAAUGCAGGCUGUUCUCAAGCAAAGUAUAAAACCUGAGGUGACCAAAAAGAGGCCAUAUAAGGAAGGUUUCAGAAGACCGGAAAGAGAAGGCAGGAAUGAGGAACCUGGCAGAAAAGAGCUUGUGAAGAUGGGCAGUAGAUCAGUGUCUUACAGUAACGUACGUAGUCAGGCCCGAAAGCCUUCCUCGAAGCCAAGCAGACAAGAUGCCUUGUAUUUGCUUAUGCAAGGCAUGCCUUUUACUACGACCGAAGAGAAUGUGAGAGAUUUCUUUCACGGAUUAUUGGUGGAGGACAUUAUUAUGAUGAGAAAUGACCGCGGCCAACCAAAUGUGAAAGGAAUUGUCAAGUUCGGAUCCAGACUGGAUGCUAGAGAGGGUCUGAAAAGAAAUCGGGAUUACUUUGGAACUAUGUUUGCGGAACUCGAUGCAUGCUCAGAAGAGCAGUGGUUUAAGGCUGGUGGUGGUAGGGAACCUGGUAAAGACAGCAGUGGUACGUUUAGAAGAGGGCCAUCCUCGGCUCACAGUGAGAGGUCUCCUGGCCGUGCAUCUGGUAGAGACAGCAGUGGUAAGUUUAGAAGAGGGCCUUCCUCGGCUCACACUGAGAGGUCUCCUCCAGGCCGUGCACCUGGUAGAGACAGCAGUGGUACGUUUAGAAGAGGGCCUUCCUCGGCUCACACUGAGAGAUCUACUCCAGGCCGUGCACCUGGUAGAGACAGCAGUGGUAAGUUUAGAAGAGGGCCUUCCUCAGCUCACACUGAGAGGUCUACUCCAGGCCGUGCACCUGGUAGAGACAGCAGUGGUAAGUUUAGAAGAGGGCCUUCCUCAGCUCACACUGAGAGGUCUACUCCAGACCGUGCACCUGGUAGAGACAGCGGUGGUAAGUUUAGAAGAGGGCCAUCCUCAGCUCACACUGAGAGGUCUCCUCCAGGCCGUGCUAGGUCUUUCUCACCAGUGGCCUACGGGUCUACAAAGUCCUCUUCUCCUCCCAAUGAUGAGUUCUGUGUCUUGGUGGAAAACCUUCCCUACUUAGUGGAGAAGAAGGACAUAAGGGAGAUCUUCCAACAUGCAGACCUCAAGUAUGAUCAGAUCCUUCACCUUCUUGACAAGUAUGGGUCAGAGACAAGGUCAGUAUUUGUGCUGUUCAAUAGCCUGAGGGACUACGGUGCUGCCUUGACUCUUCACAAGAAGACAUUUUUCAAACGAUGUGUGUACAUCUCUCCUAUCUCGAAAGAGAAAAUGGUCGCCAUGCUAGAAUCUGGGGGAAAUCCAGUGGAUGGCACACCACCCUCUAAAAGGUCUUACAGCAGAUCUCAGGAAAGGCUUCCAAGAGAGACCGAGAAGGAUGUGUAUGAAUCUGAGAAGAUUUGCCUGUAUGUGCGAAACCUGCCUUUUGACGUGCGCAAAGUUGAGAUUGUGGACUUCUUCCUAGGCUUCAGGAUCUCAGAGGAGGCUGUUGUUUUGCUGCUUGACCAUAGGGGCAAUGGGCUUGGAGAGGCUUUGGUGAUCUUUAAGACUGAGGAGGAGGCUAUGAGGGCACAGUCUCUGAAUGGGCAAGGGUUUCUUGGAACAAAUCUCAUCCUGAAAUGCAUUUCUCUGGCUCAGAUGCAUGAAUUUGGUGUUGGUGAACCUGCAGUGAAAGAGCAAAAGAUGGAGAGAAGCUCAGAGAGGUACUUGGCCAGGAACAGUGAGGCGAUGUCCCAUCUGUACACUGAUUACACUGAUUACAGGGUCAACCCUGAUAUAGGCCAUCUUCCUAUGAACGACCUGCAGGCUCAUAUUCCUGGAGGCAGCGGUCUGCGUCUCGAUUAUCAAAUGAUGGAAAGCCCUGUUCUGCUUGACAACUGGGGCAAUGGCUCUGCUCAUAGACAUGGAGGCUAUGGACCUUCUGCACCGCAGCAGUUUGAUGGUCCAACAUGCCUGAAACUGGUAAAUCUGCCUUCGACUAUCAGAAUUGACGAAAUCUAUGACUUUUGCUAUGGAUAUAGUGUAAUUCCUGGAUCGGUCUCAUUGCAGUAUGACAACAAAGGGAUUCCCAAAGGCUCAGCAACAGUUGUUUUUGGAUCUCGCUUGGAGGCGUUAACGGCAGUUGAGGAAUUGAGUGAAAGACCAAUAGGCAACAAAAAAGUAAAACUAGUUUUUGUGUGAAAUUUGUCCUCUGUAUAGAACAUGAAAGAACCUUUUUGGGCUUUAAAAUUUGAUGUUUUAGGAAGAACAACUCAGACAGUAUUUGGUUAGUUUGGUGGAUUCCAACAGAUGGUGACUGAACAAUUUUAGAUUUAAAAAAUACUGUGUGUGUGUAUAUAUAGCCUUCUACUCAAUGUGUAACGGACAAACCUUUUGUCCAUAGUCCCCCCCCCCCCCCCCCCCCCUUAAAGAAUAACAAUGAUUUAUUUGUAUUUUGCCCAUCGCUUGCUUGCCAUGUAGCCUGUUUCUGAAGCUUUUUAUUUUAUGAAAUUUGCCUGAAAUUGUAUUUUCUUUAACAGCUGGGUGAAGGUAGAACUUAAUUUUGCACUUAUGUGUUUAAAUGUUUGUUGCAUUAUGUAGUGUAAAAGUUGUCAAUUUAAACUUAGUGGAAAUUCUUUGAUUAAAAUUGAUAAUGUUC